AUGGACUUGGUUGGAGGAGGAGGUAGGGGUCGAGGUAGGGGUAGAGGCAGAGGCAGAGGUAGAGGCAGAGGUAGAGGUAAGGGCAGGGCCCCUCCAGUCGAGAUGUAUGAGGAUGAGGUGGAGACACCAGAGUAUGAACUGCCUGUUCCACCAGUGAUUAAUAUGGUGGACGCUACUCGUCUGUCGAAAUUGACAAAGGAAAUUUAUAGUCUGGGAGCAGUUCCAUUUAAAGGUGGCACAGACUAUAUGUUGGCAGACCAGUGGAUCGAAAAUAUGAAAGGUUACUUCCAGAUGGUGAUUUGUGAUGAACGGGAGAAGAGGAAGAUAGCAUCGUUUAUGCUUCAGGAGGAUGCACGAUUGUGGUGGAGUGGCACUGAGAGGAUGAUAGACGUGACCACUCUAACCUGGGAUGGCUUCGUGGAACUCUUCAGGAAGAAAUACUUCCCAGUUACCGUGAGACAGCAGUUGGAGAGACAAUUCCAUUCACUAACUCAGGGGAAGUUGAGUGUGAGGGAUUAUGAGGCGGAGUUCAACAGGUUGUAUCAGUUUGUGAGACAGUUAGAUCCUGAGAGUUUGGCCAUGAAGUUUCAAUUAGGGCUGAACCCAUCGAUUCGGCGUGACGUAGCCAUUUUGGAACUAAAGGAACUAAGACUCGUUGUGGCUAAGGCAUUAACCAUCGAGCAGGAAAACCAGAUCCUCUUAGAAGAGCAGACAGUUGAGAGAGAUUUUCAGAGGAAGGGAAAAGCAGUAGCUGAGAACAGCCAUACAGCAGGCAAACGAGGUAACAUCUGGAAGAGACAAAGGACUAACCAGCAGCAGGCACCAACUAGGGCCAUGGUUGCUACACCUGCUAGGGUGAUGCCUAUUAGACAGGUGGCACCUCUGAAAUGUUUCAACUGCCAGGAGUUAGGGCACAUUUCGCGAAACUGCCCGAAACCAAAGAAUUUGGUGUGCUUUAAUUGUGGCCAGGCAGGACAUGUCUCCCGGGUUUGCACGCAGCAACAAGAUAGGGGCCAAAGAAACCAGCUGAGACAACAGCCUCAAGGUCAGGCUAGAGUCUUCGCCAUUGGUCAGAGAGGCACAGGGGUGGAAGGUACCUUAUCUAUCUAUAACUAUCUUGCUAGAGUACUGUUUGAUACGGGAGCCUCCCAUUCCUUUAUAUCUAGUUCCGUAGUAGAUGUAUUGGGUUUGAUUUCCAUGCCUCUUACUGGGUCAUUAUGUGUUACGUCACCCCUCGGUGUAUCUCUUGAGCUUGAUAUGUUUUGUAAUGAUUGCCCUAUUGAGAUAGGUGGUAGAGAGUUCUCUGCAUCGUUGAUUGUGAUACCAGAUCACACAUAUGAUGUGAUUUUGGGCAUGGAUUGGUUGAGCCCGAACCAUGCAGUAAUUGAUUGCUUUAGGAUGAUUGUGUCCUUCCAUGUUCCUGGGCAACCAGUGUUUCAUUACCGUUGUCUAAAGUCUGACAUCGCUAUGAGGGCAGGGAUUUUGGCUCAUAUUGAGUCAGGGAGUAGUAUUUCUAAGAUUUCAGGAAUUCUUGUAGUUUCAGAGUAUGCUGAUGUUUUUAAGGAGAUACCAGGGUUGCCUCCAAAAAGGGUAAUGGACUUCUCCAUUGACCUGAACAAGGUGACCAUCAAGAACAGGUACCCUUUACCUAGGAUUGAUGACUUGUUCGAUCAGCUUAGAGAGGCUACUGUGUUCUCAAAGAUUGAUUUGAGAUCUGGAUAUCACCAGUUAAGGGUGAAGGAUGAGGAUAUUCCAAAGACGGCGUUCAGGACCAGGUAUGGACAUUUUGAGUUCCUUGUCAUGCCUUUUGGUCUGACUAAUGCACCAGCAGCAUUCAUGGACUUGAUGAACCGCACGUUCAGUCCUUACUUGGAUCAAUUUGUUGUAGUGUUCGUGGACGACAUCUUGAUUUAUUCAAGGUCGCGAUUCAUUGAGGGGUUUUCUGGUAUUGCUUCGGCUUUGACCAAAUUGACAAGGAAGGACACUCAGUUUUUAUGGAUGGAUGAGUGUGAGAAGGCUUUCAACGAGCUGAAGACCAGGUUGACUACAGCACCAGUGUUGACUAUUCCUACUAGCGGUGGUGGUUUAGUUAUCUACAGUGAUGCAUCUCAUCAGGGUUUGGGGUGUGUGUUGAUGCAGAAUGGUUGUGUUGUUGCUUAUGGCUCUAGACAACUGAAGGUUCAUGAGCAGAAUUACCCCACUCAUGAUCUAGAGCUAGCUGCAGUGGUGUUUGCCUUGAAGAUUUGGAGACACUAUCUGUAUGGUGAGAAGUUCGAACUCUUUUCUGAUCAUAAGAGUCUGAAAUAUCUAUUCUCCCAAAAGGAGUUGAACAUGAGGCAGAGGAGAUGGAUGGAGCUCAUCAAAGACUAUGAUUUUACUUUGGAGUAUCAUCCUGGAAAGGCCAACGUAGUGGCAGAUGCUUUGAGUAGGAAGCCCCGAAUAAUCAUGGCAUCACUCAUGGUGCAGGAGUGGCUCAUGUUGGAAGCUGCAUCUGAGUUUGAUCUUAUGCCCGCAGAAGUUGGACAUGAAAUGUUUCUCGGAAGUAUCACCUUACAGUCCACCUUGAAUUCCAGGAUCAUUCAGGGUCAGACACUUGAUGAGUUUGCUCAGACGAGGAUUGCUGAGAUGAAUGUUGAUCCAAAUGUGGAGGGCCCUUCUGAGUGGGCUAUUAGGACAGAUGGAGGGUUGAGAUUUCGUGGAAGAUUGUAUGUCCCAAGUGUUGAUAACCUCAAGGAGGAGAUCAUGCGGGAAGCACAUAGAUCUAGAUACACUGUACAUCCAGGGGGUACCAAAAUGUAUAUGGAUCUACGAAGACAGUUUUGGUGGUAUGGAAUGAAGAGGGAUGUGGCAGAACAUGUGUCGAAGUGUCUUACAUGUCAGCAAGUGAAGGCUGAGCAUCAGAGGCCCGCGGGGAUGCUGAAACCCUUACCAAUUCCUGUUUGGAAAUGGGAAGAUAUCUCCAUGGACUUUGUGACUGGAUUGCCUAGGUCCAGACAAAGUUAUGACUCGAUUUGGGUGAUUGUUGACCGAUUGACAAAGUCAGCACACUUUCUUCCCGUGGCAAAGACUUACUCAAUCGAUGCAUUGUGUAAGUUGUAUCUGAAUGAGAUAGUAAAGCUUCAUGGUGUGCCCGUAACAAUUGUUUCGGAUCGGGAUGCUCGUUUCACUUCUGAAUUCUGGCGUAGGUUCCAUAAGACAGUUGGCACAUCUUUAGCUAUGAGCACUGCAUUUCAUCCACAGACAGAUGGGCAAACCGAGAGAGUGAAUCAGGUGAUGGAGGACAUGCUUAGAGCUUGUGUACUGGACUUCAAGGGAAGUUGGGCGGAUCAUCUGCCAUUGGUAGAGUUUGCCUACAACAACAGCUAUCACUCCAGUAUCGGUAUGGCACCAUAUGAGGCUCUUUAUGGUAGGCCAUGUAGGACUCCUAUCUGUUGGGCUGAAGCAGGGGAUAAAGGGCUCUUCGGUCCUGAGAUUGUACAGGAGACUACAGAGAAGGUCACUGUUAUUCGGGACAGGAUCCGAACAGCACAGAGUAGGCAGAAGAGUUAUGCUGAUUUGAAGAGAAGACCAGUUGAGUUCGAAGUAGGUGGCCACGUUUUCUUGAAAGUCUCACCUAUGAAAGGUGUGAUGAGAUUUGGAAAGAAGGGGAAGCUAGCACCAAGAUACGUGGGACCUUUUGAGAUUCUGGAAAGGGUCGGUGAAUUAGCAUAUCGUCUUGCCUUACCUGUUAGCAUGUCUGGUGUACACAAUGUCUUUCAUGUGUCUAUGCUCAGGAAGUACGUCCGAGAUGAGUCCCACGUAAUUGAUCAUGGUACGAUUGAGGUAAACACGGAUGUAACCUUUGUGGUUGAACCUGUUCGUAUCUUAGAUAGGUCUACGAAGAAGCUUCGUAGGAAGGAGGUUAAUCUUGUGAAGGUGCUGUGGAGUCAUCAUGACGAGGGUGAUGCAUCAUGGGAGUUAGAGUCUGACAUGAGAGUGAAGUAUCCACAG